AUAAUAAAAAACAUUAAAACAUAUAAACAUUUAACAAAGAAAUGAACAACUAGGCAGUGCUGAAGGUAGAAAUACCUCUUCAAAAAGUGUUACGAAAACUUCAAAACAAAAGCAUUAAACCAAUUAAAAAUUGAAAUUGAAAAAUUUUUCAAACAAUACCCAAAGAUCUUACCUCAGAAUUAGUGAAGAAGUGUUCAGAAUCCAUAUUAGGAUUUUAAAAAAGAAAUUAAUAAAAUAAAAGUCCAAUGUUCUCAUGAAAACCCUAUCAAAUAAUUGCUAACUAACAACAAUUUGUGCUGGACAAUUUAUUUGAAAAAAUUGUGAAAUCAAAAAAAUUAAGUCUCGCUUUGGAUUUAGUCUCAUACAUACCUACAUAUAUGUAUAAGAAUGAAGAAAGUGCUUUAAGCCCCUUCCCUCUUACAAACUCAAUCGGCGCAAUAAUAAAUUGAAUUGCAUAAAACAACUUCCAUUUGUGAGUGAGAAAUUAAAUAACAGCAAACAUUUUGCCCUCAUUCGCGCAACUAAAAAUGCUCAAUAUGGAGUCACCGCAGAUGUACGACACCGUGCAGACCCUCUCCCAGCUGGACCUUAAAAAGCAGCCACCGCCUCAACAGAUCGGCCAGAUCACAUUGACUGCGAUGUCCAGUGCACAGCAACAAAAUAACAAUGGCAACAUCAACAACAAUCCCAAUGGUAAUCCAACUAAUAGCGGUACAGACGCAAAUAAUAACAAUAACAAUGUUGGAAAUUUAGCAGCAGUUGCGGCUGUUGCUGCACAACAACAAAAUUCUGGUCUCGUAGUCAAGCAACAUGCCGUACAUCAUAUGCAGCAUGCAGCUGCUGCGUUAAACAAUAACAACAAUGCCUCCACUAUCAACGCCAAUAUGAAUAACGUGAACAACUUGCUGCAGAAGCAAAUGUUGCAGCAAUACACACAGUCAGAUCUUGAUGAAUUAACCGCACAGGAGAUCACUUUGGAUCUGCAACACUUGAUCGACGACCAGUUUCGUGAGCAAGAGGGUUUGGGUAUAUUCAGCGAUAUGGUUACAAGCCCUGGUGGCUUAUCGGCCACACUACCACCGAACGGCAUGGUAAGUGCAGCGGCAAAGGUGUUGCAGCAACAUCAACUGCAACAACAAUCCCUACGCACACAACAGCACAACUAUGGACGCAGCGCCCUGGCCUACAUGCCGCAAGCAGUACACUCCGGCGCAGCGUAUAGUAAUAAUUCGAGCGAUGAGAACUCUUCAGUUGGUUCGGACACAUCCACCAUCAAAGAGGAGCCAAUCGAUCCGGAAUAUCGUCGUCAUCUACAAGAGACAAAUGUCAACAACGCUGCUGCAGCUGCUUUCAUUACAAAUAGUGGCGCAAACGGUCUCUACAAUCCCUAUCAGACAACGGCAAACAAUGGGCAGCUCAAUAAUGGUGGCAUGAACAAUGGCGUUGGCGGCACAACGCCCAAUUUCACAAACCUCACUUCGGCCAAUGUGUUGGCGCAUCACUCCGUCAAUUUACCGCAUUUGGCCGCAGGGGCGCAUCUACUCAAACACCACAACAAACAAUUGCACAAUCAACGCAAAUCAUCGCUGAAGCACGUGGACAAGGGUAGCGAUGAGUACCGGAGAAGGCGUGAACGCAACAAUAUCGCAGUGCGAAAGUCGCGCGAAAAGGCGAAGGUGCGCUCCCGUGAGGUGGAGGAACGUGUCAAGACAUUGCUAAAGGAGAAAGAGGCACUGUUGCGACAACUGCAGGAGAUGACCAAUGAAAUCCAAUUGCAUAAACAGAUCUACAUGCAGCUAAUGAAUCAUGCGAAUCCGGAAGUGAGCCGUGUGUGUCGCAGUUUCCUCAACACAAAUGAUCAUGGGCUAUGAGGUGGCAGGAUUUCAAGAAUGCAAAUCAAUAACCAAUAGCUUCAGUGUAAAUCAGUGAUCGGUGUACGUGUGAUUGCGAGCGUGACUUUAUUUUAUAUGUAUUUGAUUAAUUUAAAUAUGUAAAUAUAUAUGUAAGUGUAGGUGACUAAUUUUGUGUGUGCUUGAGUGUGUAUGUGUGUUUUGAGUUUUAGUUAAAUUUUCAAGAAGCAAACCUUGACGCUGUGGGCUUGAUAAUUUUAGGGUCUCAUUUUUUAUACAAACUUUGCGAAAUAUAUAUGUAUGUACAUCUAUGUAAAAAGUAAAAUAAUAUAAAUAAUUUAAAGAGAGAGUCGAAAUAGAGGCAUUCCUCAAGAACCUGAAUAUCUUUGUAUAUGUAUUUAAAUUAAUUUAUAAAUUGUUUUUAUUUAAUAUAAUUUAUUUUUUUUUUAUAUUGCAAAAUAUAUAAGAAUUAAUAGCAAGCAAAUUACCAAGAGGAAUUAUUUAAAGUGGUACAAAACUACAGCGAAAGCGCAAAAGCAAGAGUGUUAACGAACAUACGAGUAUGCACAUACAUCCAUAUGUAUGUAUAUUGCUAUUUUGGUAUUAUGCAUUGUGGGAAAAACUGUGAUAAUCUGGAUAUAGAAAACACGGAGCCUGCCAGAGUAACAGUGCCCUUCACAGCCUUCUUCAAAACCGUAGUAUCCAAAAGAAAUUCAUUCAUUCGGUGUUUCAAAGUUUCAAAAAGGUAUCAACAGCUGUUUCUGGGUUUUUAUGAGUUCAAACUCAUUAUAGCAACAUUUAAAUUAAAUUAACAUUAAAUUUUUUAUAAUUAUGAGGAUGGUUUUUUUUUGUUUUUUUUUUUAAUUGCAAAAAUCAGACGAACCUUUAAUAUGCUUGUUUAAUACUGAUACUAAAAAAUGAAAAUAUUUUUUAAUAUUAUUUAAAUUUUUAUAUAAAUCCAUCUGUUGCUUUGA